AUGUCAGUUCGAAAGUUAAUCUACAAAGUGUCCAUUAUAUUCGUCAGCUGCCUCUCCUGCUGUUUGGCCGCCUAUUUAGUUCGUGUUGAUCAUUUCAAUUUCCAUGUCGACGAUCCUCUUAUUAUUCUUUCACAAAGUGCGUUUAUUGAACAGGAUGUAAAUCGAAGUUAUCUAUCGGGACAUUUGUUAUUUAGUGAACCCUUGAAGGAUAUUAUUCUCCAAACCUCGUUGGAUAUUAAUCGCCCGAAAUUGCCGCGAAUGCGUUUAUUCGAUGUACGUUUAGAAAUUUGCCAUAUUAUGAAUAAUGGCUAUAAAAAUAAAUUUGUGCGACAAUUUUACAAUAAUUUUGCAUCGUUUGUCAAUGAGAAUGCAACAUGUCCUCUCAAGCCGCAUUUUAAUUACACCCUAAAUCGCGCCUAUGUGAAUGAUGAUGUGUUUCCCGAUUUUCUACCUGAAUGCACUUAUCGCAUGAAAUUGAUUUUUCAACACAAAUCAAAGACUUUGGCACACAUACAACUCGAUGGCCGAUUGAGCAAGGCAAUUAAAUAAUUAUUAAUUUUUUAUGUACGUCUGAAUUGUAUGAA